GAAAUCUGCAAACAGAAGAGCUCCAUCCAAGUGAACUGAAGUUAUCCUAAGGAAAAAUUUAAUUGCAUGGAUUGUGUAAACUCACUGAGACGGAAGUAAAGCUGGAAAGGAAUCCACAAGUGAAUAAAACAAGAAGUUUGGAAUUGGAUUUGGGGAAUCUGGGCUUGGAAAUGCCUCAGCCCAGUGUGAGUGGAAUGGACCCUCCUUUUGGGGACGCCUUUCGGAGCCAUGUGUUUUCAGAGCAGACUCUGAUGAGCACGGAUCUCUUGGCAAGCAGUUCAGAUCCAGACUUCAUGUAUGAACUGGACAGAGAAAUGGACUAUCAGCAAAGCUCCAGAGACAACUUGCUUUCAAUGGAGGACUGCAAAGACCUUGAGAACUUGGAGUCUUUUACGGACAUCCUGGACAAAGAAGCUGCUCUUACCUCAAAGUGGGAGCAGUGGGAUACCUACUGUGAAGACUUAACUAAAUACACUAAAUUAACCAGCUGUGACAUCUGGGGAACAAAAGAGGUGGAUUACUUGGGCCUUGAUGACUUUUCAAGCCCCUACCAAGAUGAAGAGGUGAUAAGCAAAACACCAACACUGGCUCAGCUUAACAGUGAGGACUCCCAGCCUGUUUCUGAUUCACUCUAUUACCCUGAUUUGCUCUUUAGUGUAAAACAAAACCCUUUAAAUUCUUUGUUACCUGGCAAAAAAAUUGCAACCAGAGCAGCAGCCCCAGUCUGUUCCUCCAAGAAUGUUCAGGCUGAGGCACCUUUGUCGGACUAUGUUCAGAAGGCAAGCAAACCUGCAACUCAGCCUGCUUCCAGUACACAAAUCGUGGUGAAGACUAGUGUGUACAAUAACGAAAAGGUGAACAUUCAUGUUGAAUGUAAAGAGUAUGUUAAAAAGGCAAAGGUAAAGAUCAAUCCUUUACCACAGAGCAGACCAGUGUUGAGCCAGACACAUGCUGAUGCAGCAAAGGAAAACACCUGCUAUUGCGGUGCUGUAACAAAAAGACAAGAAAGGAAAGGAAUAGAGUCCCCACAUAGUCACAGUACGCCUUCUGCUUUGCCUUUUAAAGAGACUCAAGAACUGCUCCUUAGUCCACCCCAGGAAACCCCAGGGCUUAUUGUGGGGGAGAGCAGUCUUUCUGCCAGCACAUCAGUGUCAGAUUCUUCACAGAAGAAAGAAGAGCACAACUAUUCCCUUUUUGUAACAGACAGUUUGGGUGAACAGUCAGCCAAAGGAGACCCUGAGGAAGAUGACGAUGAUGAGGACGAUAUUGAAGAUGAAGACCAUGAUGAAGGAUUUGGCAGUGAGCACGAGCUGUCUGAAAAUGAUGAUGAGGAAGAAGAUUAUGAGGAUGAUAAAGAUGACGACAUCAGUGAUACUUUCUCAGAACCAGCAGUAACACUUAGUGGGUCUUCAAAGGAUACUGAAUUCCUCUCUCCUGCAUGUAGGAAUGGAGCCUUAACAACAGAAAUAAGAACUAACCUUCACCUAGAAGGGUAUGAAAAUGAUUCUGUGGAGGAUUUAAAAGAAAUGACUGCAAUAUGCUCUCGGAAACGAGGCAAGCGAAGAUACUUCUGGGAAUACAGUGAGCAACUAGCACCAUCACAACAAGAAGGAAUGCUGAGGCCAUCCGAGUGGAAUCGAGAUACGUUACCAAGUAACAUGUAUCAGAAGAAUGGACUCCAUCAUGGAAAAUAUGCAGCAAAGAAGUCGCGGAGGACUGAUGUAGAAGACCUGACUCCCAACCCAAGAAAACUUCUACAGAUUGGUAAUGAACUGAGGAAGCUGAACAAGGUGAUCAGUGACCUGACGCCAGUCAGUGAACUUCCCGUAACUGCCAGACCAAGGUCAAGAAAAGAAAAGAACAAGCUGGCUUCCAGGGCUUGUAGACUAAAAAAGAAAGCCCAGUAUGAAGCCAAUAAAGUAAAACUCUGGGGUCUCAACACGGAAUAUGAUAAUUUACUGUUUGUGAUCAACUCCAUUAAACAAGAAAUAGUUAAUCGGGUGCAGGUACCUAAAGAUGAUAGAGGAGUCAACAUGGAACAAAAGUUGAAUGUACUUAUUAAAGACACUCUUGGACUACCUGUAGCUGGACAGACAUCAGAAUUUGUGAAUCAAGUUUUAGAGAAGACUGCAGAAGGAGACCCCACUGGUGGCCUUGUAGGGCUACGAAUACCAAUGUCAAAAGUUUAA